AUGUUGGCGCGGUACUCGGUCGUCUUCAUCAAAGGGGUGACUUAUAUUUCGACAAAGGCGCCAUUUGCUCGUCACCCACGUCUCGGAUGGCUGACCUUCUGCCCAACUAACCUAGGCACCACAGUGAGAGCAUCAGUGCAUAUCAAAUUACCGAAGACAUCCGCAAAGCCCGAAUUCAAACAAAUUUGCGCUGAUAUGAAGCUUCAGAUUCGUGGCAUCCAUGGCGAACACUCGGAGUCUGCUGAAGGCAUCUACGACAUUUCGAAUAAACAACGUCUCGGUCUGACCGAAUAUCAGGCAGUACGCCAAAUGUACGACGGCGUGAAAAAAUUGAUUGAAAUGGAGUCUGCAGCCGGU